GGACAGAAGGGAGACAAUGGUAUACCUGGGGUGAAUGGAACUAAAGGUGACAUGGGACAGAAAGGAGAUCAAGGUACAGCUGGAGUGAAUGGAACUAAAGGUGACAUGGGACAGAAAGGAGAUCAUGGUACAGCUGGUAUGAAUGGAACUAAAGGUGACAUGGGACAGAAAGGAGAUCAUGGUACAGCUGGUAUGAAUGGAACUAAAGGUGACAUGGGACAGAAAGGAGACAAUGGUAUACCUGUUGAUAGAAAUAUUGGCUAUUUUUUGCCUAGUCUUACAGGCUGUGGAGGUACCUUUAUGGCACCAUUAGGUAAUGUGACAAGUCCACUAUACCCUAGGUCUUACGCUGAUGGCAGACACUGUGAAUGGACCAUCACUGUUCCAUUGGGAAACAUUGUAAGGGUAAAGUUUCAUGAUUUUGAACUGGAGAAUUGUGGUGACUGUGGAUGUGACUAUCUGGCUAUUUAUAAUGGAGCGAGCACUGAUGCAACACGUCUACUUGGGAAGUACUGUGGGACAGCAAUGCCACCCGAUUUUCGAUCUACAGGAAGCCAGAUACGUCUUGUUUUCCGCACUGAUGGUUCUGUCACAAGAAAAGGAUUCAGACUGAGUUUCUCAAGUUAACACCUAAUAAUGUUAACAUAUGAUCCUCAAGGACUAAUGGCAUUUCAUUGGUGAACACAAUGCCAGUUACUAGACAUAUUUGUGUUGAUCUAGAGAAUGUGAUUUGUUUGAUUUAUUAAGAGACAUAAGUUGUGCCUUAAAUAAAUAACCCUGAACAAAAUGACUUCAUGCUUUUAAAACCCAGCAUUGCAGAUAGAUUGCUCUUAUAUCUAAAGAUUUUUGGCAUUUUAACACUCACUACAAAAUGUCAAAAUCCAAGUGGCGCUGAACUGAACACGGCACAAUUUUGAACUUUGGG